AUGGCCCUCUGUGCCGCGACGAUGGCUCAGUUGCAUCUUGAUCCCUCGGUAUAUGGAUCUCAGAAAGUAGAUAGCACGCUAAUGGCCCAGGCUUGCUUGCGAAUGCGUACAAGUUGCGACAGCCAUGGAGCAAAUCUGGAUCUCAGAAGCGUUCUGGUGUCUUUCUUUUUGCAUGUGUACCACGCCAAGGUCAACCAACGAAAUUCGUCAAUGAUGUUCAUCCAGGAGGCCAUGACCGGAGCUCGUAUUCUGCGAUUGAAUGAGGAUAUUUUACACGAGGAAGAUGAGGUGAUUUCAAACCAGGCCUUGGUAUUUCCGCUGCUUUGGGUAUCGGAGAGAGGUUAUUCAUUGCACCUGGGUCUCUCUCCGUCUUAUAUUGACCCCCCUGUAUUGAUACAUUUGGAGGGGGAUAUGAAUGCUGAUGUUCAUGCCCAAGGGUUGCUAGAACUCGUCAAGCUCUUUAUUGCGUUUGACCAGAUCUCAGUACGGCGCAACUCGCGUCCUGGGAUCAUCAUGGCUACACAUCUGACCAACACCGAGGUCAAGGUUGCCUCACUAUGCUUCAGCAUGGCCAAUCAUGUCUCGACCCGAACGGCAGACUACCACAUUACACGGGAGUGGAUGAGGACUAUUCUCUGGCAGGAGGCACUCAACAUGAACUUGCUAUCUUCUUCAGCGUGCGAACCCGUCUUGGCAUUUGGAUUUCCAGCGCAAGUUGGCCGCGCCUUACUCCAGGCCUUGCGGGGUUUCAGCGAGACGGAUUUGCUACCAUUGGGACGAGACCAGUUAUUGAAGUGCUUUGAAGUUGCCAACUCCCUGGCGGAUACGGUUCUUUUGUCUUCACACAAAAUAAGUUCUCGGCUUGAACUAGGACCACAGGACUUUUUACAUGCAUUAUACCAGAAGAUUGAUCCCUUUCUCGAGCAGGAUACCAUGUUGAAGUCAAUCCUUCGUGCUAAAACCGCUGAAGCUCUAGUUGCAGCUCCAGCUCGCCUGUUGACAAUCGGGGAGGAAGAUUCUGGCCUUCACUCGGGCGAAAAUGGACCUGGUGGUCAGGCUCAGAUUCCAGGAUACACACCAAACAGCGAGCCCGAUGAAAGGAACUUGACAUCGGAUUUUUUGGAUUGGCUUCAACAACAGAAUUCUCAGAUAAUCUGA